CUAAAUAUUGAAGAAAAUUUAGAUGUGCGUCACUAGAAUAAAAUUUAAACAUUACUAUAUAUAUUUUACGUAAACUUUGGAUGCCGUCCGAUCCUUUUUUUUAUUUGAAAGACUGGUGCCUCCAUCCAAGUCCCGUGCAGCUGGCCGCGGAUCUCUUUCUUCGUGCGUGAUCUCAUUAACUGUGUGGAUGUCCUAAACCUGGCGUACCUUGACAAACCACAUGAAGUCUUAUAUCACCUGCUUUGUAUGAACACAAACACCGCGUGGUUUACAUUUCAGUCAUUGGCACAGGUGGGACUGGCAUUAACUAAACACACGGAUAUUUUCAGUCAGAUAUACCGUGUAUUGUUGACAAAAGUUCUGUAUCAGCACACUGCGUCUGCCUCAGAGUAUUCUAUGUACCCCCCCCCCCACCCUACCCCAAUCCCCAAGUCAGUAGGGUGGCAGUCAGUUUACGAGCACCUUCUAUUUCCGCCAGUUAAUCACAGAGUUGUAACACCUGUAACACCUGUGAGCGUUAAGUCACAGAGACCUGGACAGCGAGGGUAGAGACUACUCCUGGACACUAAGGCUAAGGCACACUUGAGAGAUCAGGAGUAAUUCAUGGCAGCCAUCACCAUGACGCUGCCAAGGGGGACAUCGAUGACUUUUAUUGUCCUUGGAAUAGUAACACUGUCGUACGCCAUGAAUAUGACAGGAAGCAUGAAUAUGAACAUGGCGAACCACAACAUGAACAGUAGCAUGAAUAUGAACAUGACGAACCACAACAUGAACAGUAGCAUGAAUAUGACUGGUCACAAUAUGAGUGGCCAUAACAUGACUGGUCACUAUAUGAGUGGACAUAACAUGACUGGUCACAAUAUGAGUGGACAUAAUAUGACUGGUCACAAUAUGAGUGGACAUAACAUGACUGGUCACAAUAUGAGUGGACAUGACAUGACAAAUCAUGACAUGAGCGGACAUGACAUGACGGGUGGUCAUGCGACUUCAUUCCAUGUUGGUUUUGAAGAAAUAAUUCUUUUCCGAGAAUGGGUGACUUCAAACGAAUGGAAUUUUGCGCUCACGUGCAUCUUUUUCUUCAUCUUGUCUGUUCUAUACGAAGGCCUGAAAUCUUUUAGAGAAUACCUUAACCACCGGUAUGCCGGCAGUGUGGGGGAGAAGUACACCUGUCAAAAUGGCGGCGGCGGGUAUGACACAAACAUCAAGAAGCCAAAAGGAGGGUGUGGAGCCCACAUGUGUCGCUGCGUUCACUACCUCCAGGCGUUCCUCCACAUCCUCCAAGUCUUCGUCAGUUACGUUCUUAUGAUGGUCUUCAUGCUGCUCAACGUGUGGCUGUGUGUGGCGGUGUGUGUGGGGGCGGGUGUCGGCUACCUGUUGUUUGGCUGGAGGCGGAGCGUUGUCAACGACGAGAAUGAACACUGUAACUAACCAUACGCCGCCCUCUGAUAUCAAACCCCCACUAAAAUACUGUAAUGAACUACACAGGGGGCCACAUUCAGUGGCGGAUUUAGAGGGGAAGUCAGGGGGGACCUGACCCCCCCCCUUCCAUUUCUGGUCUCCUCUUGAAAUUAUAAUUUCGACUAGCUGAAUCAUAGUUUUAAACCUUACCGUACAGCGGAUUGAGAGGGGGGGUCAGUGGGUCUCUCUAGCUGGGGGAAAGAAAGGAGAGAAAAUGGCAAAGAAAUAGCCAUAGAAAAUCUGUGAAAACCUAAUGUAAAAAGUCUCUCUGUAAGCUUUGUGGAGGGUUAGUGCUUGCCACAUAUUUCCAUUUCUGAUUAAAAUCAUAUAAGGCCUAUCUGACAUUAUGAUUCAAGAAUGGCAUAUUUAUCUGUAUACCACGGAAUAAAUGAAUUAUAUUUUAAACUUUUUA